CCGGCUCGCUGGGGCAGCAUGGCGGGGUCGCCGCUGCUCCGCGGGCCGCGGGCCGGGGGCGUCGGCCUUUUGGUGGUGCUGCUAUUGGGCUUUCUUCGGGGGCCUCCCGCGCUCUGCGCACGGCCGGUAAAGGAACCCCGCACCCUGGGCGCAGCCUCGGCGCCCAUGGCUGAGGCUGGCACUCCCCGCCGUUUCCGGCGGGCAGUGCCCCGGGGAGAGGCUGUCGGGGCAGUGCAGGAGCUGGCGCGGGCGCUGGCGCACCUGCUGGAGGCAGAAAGGCAGGAACGAGCGCGGGCGGAGGCGCAGGAGGCUGAGGACCAGCAGGCGCGCGUCCUGGCGCAGCUGCUACGAGUGUGGGGCGCGCCCCGCACCACCGACGCGGCUCUGGGUUUGGAGGACGACCCGGACGCGCCGGCCGCUCAGCUCGCCCGCGCCCUGCUCCGCGCCCGCCUAGACCCCGCCGCGCUCGCGGCCCAGCUGGUCCCCGCCCCUGCCCCCGCAGCUGCGCUCAGACCCCGGCCCCCGGUGUACGACGACGUCCCCACGAGCCCCGAUCCUGAGGACGCGGGCGACGAGAUGCCCGAUGUGGACCCCGAGCUGCUGAGGUACUUGUUGGGGCGCAUCCUCUCCGGAGGCGCGGACUCGGACUCCGUGACUGCCCCGCGCCGCCUCCGCCGCGCGACUGACCAGGAUCUGGGUCCCGAGGUGCCCCCGGAGGGCGUGCUGGGGGCCCUGCUGCGCGUGAAACGCCUGGAGACCCCGGUGCCCCAGGCGCCGGGGCGCCGCCUCUUGCCUCCCUGAGCACCGCCUGCAUCCAGAGCCGGCUCGGGCCCAGGCCCGCACCCCGCCUCCGCACCCCUCCCCACCCCUGCACUCGGCCAGAGCGCACCUAGCCCCGCCGGCCGCCGCGCUCUCCGGCAGCCCCUCCGCUGGCCCCACAAUAAAUGAGA